CUUUUCAGCGGCUAUAUAAAGCUGCAUUCACACUGCUCAUACAACAUACAAAAAACAGUGUUCUCUGCAGACACGAUAACAGAAAUGUGUGCACACACGCCUCAUGCAUGUUCGAAGGAUGUCCGCUUCAUACAUUCUUCGAACGCGUCUGAAGACAUUUUUUUGUGUGUGACCAUUUGUGACUGUCAUACAAGCAAGAACCUCAGACAAUGUCCGUCUUUUGUAUGACGUUGUUGAGCGCAGCGCCACGAACCCGUCGCGGUGUCUGCUCGCAUCACGCUCAAACGCAUCCGCAGUCUCUCCAUCUCCCCACUCUACUUCUCCACACCGCGAGCCGGUGCGCGUCCUCCUCGCCGGUUCCCCCCUCCCCCAACAGGUGUGCGUGGCAAGAGUCAAGCGAGCGGCGAAGCACGAGCAGGCACAAGUUGCCUCGUUGUGGUUUGGUGCGCGCGCCGGAUUACGCCGUCGUCGUCCUCCCGUCGUCAACACCGGGACCGUCCCGGAUUUGUAGCGACGUGCGAAGCCAGGAUAAAAGGAGACACCGACACCCGGCGGGACGGGGCCAAAUCAGGGCUCCCCUCUGCAUCGGUGCCUGGAAGAACCGGACGUCGCACGGGUCCCUAUGCGGCCCUGAAGGUCCCGACUUCCUGAGGCUCGGCGAGGAUGGCGUUCCGGCGCGGCGCCAGAGACAUGAAGAAGCAGUCGUACUACGUCUGGUUCCUGGGCGCCAAGGAGUCCCGGGGGCUCAGGGGACCCGAGUACAUCGGCCCCGUGCUCAGGUUCCUGCUCGAGCGGGAGCGUGAGAUCGAGCCUCCCAAGGUCACCCUCCAGGUAAGCGGCAAGGGCAUCAAGAUGGUCCAGAACAUCGCGAGGGGCGUCAGAGGCAAGAUGGAGCAAGUCAAGCACCUAAUCCCGCAACACGCCGUCACGUGCGCCCACCAAGACGGCGAUCUGGUCUGCUGCAUCCUGCUUCUCUACAACCCGGCCACCCGAUGUCCCGUCCAUGUGCACGUCUACCGGUGCGACUCGGCUGAGACCGCCACCAUGCUGCGCCUCCAGCUCCAGCAGCUCGCGGACAAGCCCGAGAACCAGGCCAAGUUCCGCGAGAUCGAGAAUCGCCUCGCCGUCAAGGGGCUUCUCCGAGAGCCGCCGCCCAGGAUGCCCUCGGACGGACGCACCGAAGACGGCUCCGAAGACCGCUCCGACUCCGAGGACUCCGCGGGACCUCGGCGUCCUCCCGCUCCGGUGACCCCCGGAGCGGCGCCCUGCUCCAGCGACCGGAUGGCCAGCCUCUACGCGUCCCUGGCCGCCGAGCUCCGUGAGAAGCUGAGCAACCCGGAGCGCGGGCCGCUGCUGCUGCCGCCCAAGGACUACGGCACGAUGUGCAAGAGGCAGGGAGCCCCGCGCCUGCUCAAGGAAGGCGGCUCCAAGUCGAGCAGCGGCAUAGGCUCCGACGAGUUGCUUCCCAGGGAACUGGACUCCUCCUCGGACGAAGAGUGGUCCCACCGGAGGAGCAGACCGGUCUCCUUCCCAGCGAGCCACGGACAUCGGCAGGCACCUCAUCAGCAAGGUCAUCCGGCCCAGCUACGUCACGCGCAGCCGGCGCAGAGACUGCCCCAGCCGUCUGCUUUGGAGCCGAGGGUAGUCCAGGAGCCACUGAGGCACGUCCAGAGGAGGCCCAGGGACUACAGACACAGCUUCGUCGAGCCCGCACGAAGGGCUCUGCCCUUCUGAGUUUGUGCGCCUGUGCGUCCGGACAUGGGAAGCGAGAGUUGUGCCACAUCAGCUGAGACAUCGGUACCCGUCGUCCUCUUGCCGAAGCGAGGACGUUACGAAGUACGUACAAACGAAAGGACGGGCGUGAGCCUCCUGGAGACUCGCCAGCCUGAGUUUGCGGCAGCUAUGAACUCUGUCAGCAUCCUGGUUCUCGUUCCCCGACCACUUGUACGAACGAGUCGCCAGAAAAGAGGAGCGUGAAUGUUCGAGGCCACCGCUAACGUUUCCGGAGGCCCCUUCUUUUUUCUCUAAGCGUAUUUUAAUGGAUGUCCAAGCUGAAAGAAAACGGCAAACGCCAGCGAAAGAUGCCACUGCCGGCUAACGUCCACUGGAAGCCAUGCUGUACCACUCCCGAAGCAAGGCUUCUGGAAAUGCUUUUUUAAGGACUCCUAAUUUAAAUUGUCCCGCGGUUUUAGAGGGUGGUUCGUGGAGUGCCGCCAUUUUUAUCUCUUGUAAAAAGGACGCUAGUAAUAAAAUAAAAAAUAUAUAUAUUUAGA